AUGGAAGCAAGCAUAGAUAAUAAAUUGGGGAUUGGUAAGAAUCUAAGUGUGCAUUGCCAAUCAAAAGAUGAUGAUUUGGGAGAGCAUAGCAUAUCAAACGACGAGUCGUUUAAGUGGGAGUUCUCGCCCAAUGUUUGGGAAACGACAUUAUAUUUCUGCGUUUUGGGAUGGGAAAGAGUGAGGAGUUAUGAGUUUGAUGCUUAUUCUUUCGGAAGAGACCGGAGUCGAUGUGAGACUCGUUGUGCUUGGCUCGUCUCCAUUGAAGGCAUUUAUGCCUUAAAUGACCAAACUACCCUUUGGGAGUUUUUCUACCCUUGGCCACCUCUCUCUUAA